AUGGCAUUGAUCCAGGUGACUCCAACACAAGAUGAGACAGACCGUCUAAUGACAAUGGCCGCCAAGAGCAAUGGAAAAAUAUCCGGAUUAGUUGGAUGGUGUGACAUCACUGAUGGCGGUGCCGAAGCCGUCGCCAACCUCCAAGAGCGUUACAAAAAGUCAAUCAUCAAUGAUGUGCCACUACUGGUGGGCCUCUGUCCAAUGCUGGAAGGCAUCCAACAAGACUGGCUCACAUCACUCAUUCUCAGACCUGUCAUCAAGUACAUGAUUGAGAAGAAGAUAGUCUUUGAAGCUAGAGUCCGCCAUGACAAUGUUCACCUGUUGGCCAAGUUUGCCAAACAAUAUCCAAAAUUGACAGUGGUCCUCGAUCACAUUUCAAAGCCUCGUGACCAUGCCCAGCUGGAUGCCUGGCGCAAGGAUCUCAAGAUCCUGAGCAAGCAGUCCAAGAAUGUAUACUGCAAGAUGUCUGGAAUGUACUGUGAAGUCACCAAGGACUUUGGACGCAACUUGGAUAUGGCCGAGGUGAUGCCAAGAGUAGCCCCAAUGCUCAAUCACAUGAUCAAAUGUUUUGGAUCAAAGCGUCUGAUGUGGUCCUCUGACUGUCCAGCGGCAAUCCGCACGCACCAAGAAUGGAACAACUUUACAUCACAAUGUUUCGAAGGCCUGACCACCAACCAACUAAUCGACAUCUUCUUUGGCAAUGCAUCAAAGAUAUACACACCAAAGUGA